AUGACGACCGCCUACGAUUUUCCUGAUUUGAACAUCUCGCCGAUACUGGGUGAAAGCGAGUACGAUGAUGCAGCAAUUGAAGAAGGGAUCCAGGAAUCACAAGAGGAUGUUCCCAUUCAAGAUAUGUUGAAAGAAAUGUCAAUUUCGGGGAGCCGUCCUUCCAGAAAUGCGUUCUCGAGUGACAUAACAGACGUCGAAAGCUGUACAGGUUGCCAUUACCUUAUGCUCUUUGCUAUAUCGUUCUCGCUUUGUAGUUGA